AUGUUCGUCCUGAUUUCACAGAUAGAUACGGUGCUUCUACCGCGCCUUGGCGAGCGUUGCCGCACGGCAGACUUUACAUACAACGCGGGCAGCGCAUUUGAGCUGCGAGAUGGGCGCGUUCGACGAUAUGAGCGUUGUUUAGCACCGCCGUGUUCCUACACUUUACCAGGUGGGAAUUAUUUUCUCGAAUUAAUUUUUAAAACAUUUCAUUUGCUCCUACACGCGCGCUUUUUGCUGACCUUUGAUUUUUCUACCGAUCAAACAGGACUUUACGGUCGCGCUGGUGUGCGUAUUUCUGUAGAAGCUUUCGUGACGUACGACGCGUUACCAAUUUGCGACUCGUGGUGCGUAUUAAUUUCUUGGUGGUGGUGUGUUCCGUGCACCGGAGUAGUAGCUCAAACUAUAGCCACGAUCGGUGGAUGUGCGCCCUAUCAAUCUCAGUGCGGUGGUUCCCUCGUUGUUUUCGUCACGGACGCGGGUGAAGUGCGAUUUGGCGUGCAAACGUUCAUGGACUCCUACAAUAAUUUACCGCUCAGUUUGGGCGGUGGUUUGCGCAUCGUCGACGUCUCGGUGCCAGGCAAGGGUUUUUUUGCGCGCGACGGGAUCGCGUUCAAAGUGCUCUGCACGUACGAUGGCGUUUCGAAUACGACAAAGAUUUACAUCAAUGAUAAGUUAAGGGGUAUAGCAGAUCCGUUCGUCAUGGGUCAGUUUUUGUUUCGCCCGUUCCACAACGUAUCCGGGAACUUGCACGAGAAGAUCACGAUUGGCAACAGCAUGCACUCGGCUGCUUCCGCCACGAACACUUUAACUGACUUUCAAGGUAUGCACGAGACGAGUAAUGGAACUCCAGAUACACGAGAUGGCACAUUACCGGCAAUUGGUCAAUUUGCGACCUAUGACGCCUCGCCGCUCUUCGACGGCUCCCCAACAACGCAAUAUUUCUUGCCGUGGAGGGGCACGAUUCACGAGGUGUACGUGUAUUUUGACAACGGACUAUAUCAAGGGAUUAGAUAUCCUUCAACUUGCGUGCACUUAGAGCCCGUCGAACCCGAAGCCGAUGAUUUUAGUGAUUUUGUGACUCGUCGCCGCCGUCUCCACGAGACGCCGGUUUCCAGAGUGCGCGUUGGCCCUCGGCGGCGUAGUGACAUUCGGGCUACUAGCUAG